GACUAGUUUCAGUGUUGAGGACGUUAAAACUUCAGUCUCAGUUUUCGAGAGGUGAAAUGGCACAAAAAGGAGAUCAGCUGGACCAAGAUACCUUUUCUUGUUCGAUCUGUUUGGAGGUUUUAAAGGAUCCGGUGACUAUUCCCUGUGGACACAGUUACUGUAUGAACUGUAUUAAAAGCUACUGGGAUGGAAAAGAGCAGAAGGAAAUUACCAGCUGUCCUCAGUGUAGAGAGACGUUCACAGAGAGACCUGUGCUGGUGAAAAGCACCAUGUUAGCUGAUUUAAUCGAGCAGCUGAAGAAGACUGGACUCCAAGCUGCUCCUGCUGAUCACUGCUAUGCUGGACCUGAAGAUGUGGCCUGUGAUUUCUGCUCUGGAAGAAAACUGAAAGCCGUCAAGUCCUGUUUAGUCUGUCUGGCCUCUUACUGCGAGCAACACCUUCAACCUCAUCAUGAUGUGGCUCCAUUAAAGAAACACAAGCUGGUGGAUCCCUCUAGGAACUUGCAGAACAACAUCUGCCCCCGUCAUGGUGAGGUGAUGAAGAUGUUCUGUCGUACUGAUCAGAAGUGUAUCUGUUAUCUCUGCCCUGUGGAGGAACAUAAAGGCCACGACACAGUCUCAGCUGCAGCAGAAAGGACUGAGAGGCAGAGAGAGAUGGAGGUGAGUCGACAACAAAUCCAGCAGGAGAUCCAGGACAGAGAGAAAGAUGUGAAGCGGCUUCAGCAGGAGGUGGAGGCCAUCAAUCAGUAUGCUGAUAAAACAGUGGAGGACAGUGAGGAGAUCUUCACUGAGCUGAUCUCUCUCCUCCAGAAAAGAAGCUCUGAUGUGAAGCAGCAGAUCAGAUCCCAGCAGGAAACUGAAGUGAGGAGAGUCAGAGAGCUGGAGGAGAAGCUGCAGCAGGAGAUCACUGACCUGAAGAGGAGAGACGCUGAGAUGAAGCAGCUCACUGACAACGAGGACAACAACCAGUUUCUCCACAACUACUCGUCACUGUCACCACUCAGUGAGUCCACACACUCCUCCAGCAUCAGCAUCCGUCCUCUCAGCUACUUUGAGGAUGUGACAGCAGCCGUGUCAGAGGUCAGAGGUCAACUACAGGACAUCCUGAGAGACACGUGGACAAACAUUUCUCAGACCAUCACUGACAUGGAUGUUUCACUGUCAGAUUCACAACCAAAACCAAAGAGCAGAGCUGGAUUCUUGAAAUAUUCAUGUGAAAUCACUCUGGAUCCAAACACAGUAAACAGACAGCUGUUACUGUCAGAGGAGAACAGAAAGGUGACUUUUAUGGAGCAACUUCAGUCUUAUUCUAGUCAUUCAGACAGAUUCACUAAACAUCCUCAGGUCCUGAGUAGAGAGAGUCUGACUGGACGUCAAUAUUGGGAGGUGGAGAAGAAAGCAGAUGCAGUUGGUGUAGCAGUUUCAUACAAGAAUAUCAUCAGAUCAGGGGGGUGGGAGGAAAGUGGUUUUGGAGGAAAUGACAAAUCUUGGUCACUACAUUGUUACUCAGACAGUUGUGAAUUUUGGUACAACAACAUCAGAACCUCUAUCUCAGGUCCUCAGAGCUCCAGAAUAGGAGUUUACCUGGAUCACAGAGCAGGUGUUCUGUCCUUCUACAGCGUCUCUGAAACCAUGACCCUCCUCCACAGAGUCCAGACCACCUUCACUCAGCCGCUCUACGCUGGAGUUGGGAUCAAACCCCGUCCUGGAGCCUCAGCUGAGUUCUGUAAACUCAAAUAGACUUAAUUCCUCUCCACAUUUUUAUAUCAGAUUUUUAUUGAUUUUUCUUUUCUUCUCAGAGAUGAACGUCUCAAACUCUGAUGGAUGUAGGGACGUUUUUGUUCUAUAAGUUGAUGUUUUGUUGUUAUUUCCUCUUUUGGAGGUGGAAGUUGUUCUUUUGUAGUUUCACCUGGGAAAUAUUAAUAAUAUUUACAUCUUCUUUUUCAGUAUAAAAUCAGAAAUAAGCCUGUGUUGUAAUUGUUGUUAACUAUUAGUUUUGGUUGUGUUUCUAUGUUGUAUUUCUCUUUUCUUCCACUUCAUGAACUCCAACUCCAGACCUUCUUCAUCUCUGAUAUCAUGUCUGCAUUCACAAUCGUUUCGAUUAGCAAACCAAAUGUUCUUGUUUUCUAAUGAUAAAAAUAUUUUUUAGACUCGAACACAAAGUAAAUGAUUUCAGAAAUGUUACUGACCUGCAGCAACACAGCAAACAGUUCAGUAAAGCCUCUAGUUGGUGUAAACUGGUGUGUUGGGGCUGGUAGUCAUAGCUGCAGCUGCAGGACCAGACUAGAUCUGCAGAUCAGAUGUUGUUGAUGUUUAAUAAUCUGAAUAUUUA